AUGGAGGAACCUUGUGAGACACUUGACAAUGGUGAAGCCUUUCGGAUAUCUAGAUACCAUAACUAUAGUAACCAGCACAGCUCCAGAAUCUCAUCACCCUGGUUGGAUUUGAGAGUGUUCUAUGUGAGGAUAAGCAAUUUCUUGGUGGAAGAUUCGACACCUGAAGUCCUCACCAUCAAUCACAUUCCUCUGGAUCCUGAUACGCUUUUGGAGAUAAACGGUGUUAGAAUGAGUAUGUACUCAGAAGGUUGUUCUUCACAGCUUAGGAGGGAUCGGCUUGAUAAGAAAUCCGAAGAAGCUACUUAUGUUAGCACAGAUAAUAUCAGGUUAACGGGUAGCGUUAAGUUUGAGGUUUAUGAUAGGAACGAGCUAGUCUUGUCUGGAACUCUUGAGAUGUCUGAUAGUAAUGGUUUCACGGGGGAAUCAAAGAAUCGAUGGAAUAUGAAUUGCGAGGCUGAGGUCACUUCAGGGUCUGGUUUCUUAAAGGAGAAGAGCAUAAACGGUCAAGAGUUAUCGUCCCCAUUGCCAACUAUCGAGGUCUAUGUCACUGGUUGCUUCUCAGGAACACCCAUCAUCUUAACCAAGACUAUGCAACUUGGUUUGAAAAAGAAGCAGAGUAGAAGAAUGGCAUUGGAUUCAAUUCCCGAGUAUGAAACCGCAGAGUCUCAGAAAAACAUCUCCUCUGAGCUUGGUUUUCAGGCACCAGAUUACGCGAACUACAAAGAGGAAUACGAAGGAGACAUGUAUUGGAGAAGCGAGUGCAUUGAUGGAGAGAUGUCAUGGUUCAAUGCAGAUAGUCCAUUUUUCUUUGACAGAAGAAACUACCUCAUAGCGGUUGGUUGCAACAGCAAAGCGUCCUUGACUAACAACAUCGAAUCGGAGAUAGUGGGAUGCGAGUUGAAUUGCACAGCAAGGAAAGAGGCACCACCUAGGGAAAGCAUCCCUUUUCUCGACCAAACCGGGUGUUCCAGCAAUGCUCUGCCUUACGAAUACACUGAGGAUUGUACGAAGAACAUAGGGGAAGGAGACAGACGCUGCGAUGGUAACGGAUGCUGA